AUGGCACCCAUGGUCAUGCGUUGGAUUCUCUCAUGUGGCCUGUUGGCUGCGAGUCACCAUGCCUUCGUGCAAGGCAACGAUGGUCUCCGUCCUGCCUUCAACACAACCUCGGGCAUGUUCGCACCUUAUAUUGCCGAUUCGCACCCAGACGUUGCUUCGUUCCUGGACAUUCCAUACGCAGAAAACCCUACUGGUGCCCUCCGAUUCGCACCACCCGUGGCGGCCAAGCCCAGGACUGCCAACGGUUCGGUGGUGCUAGCGAAGAACCUCCCAAACGGGUGUUUCCAGUAUAUUUCCACCUUCUUGCAGGACACCAUCAUUCCAGACGUCGUAACCGAGUUUCUGCUGCAAAAACGGGACCACGCAAACACAACCGAGGACUGCCUGCACCUAACCAUCUACGCACCCAAAGCCGCCGUCGAACAGGCUGCAAUUGGGCGCAGAAGCCCCCGACAGCCUGCCAGAGAUGUAGGGUACAACCCGAAACGCGAACAGAAACCAGCCCUGCCUGUCGUGGUUUGGAUACACGGUGGCGGCUAUGGCUUCGGCGGAAACAACGUGCCCUUCCAACUCGCGUCGGACUGGGUUCAGCGUAGCCAGGAGCACAUCGUGGUCCAGGUGCAGUACCGCCUCAAUUUCCUCGGCUUUCCGAACGCGGCCGGCAUGGCAUCGGAUGAAGCAGCCAGCCAGGGCCUCAACCUCGCGCUGCUCGACCAGCGCCUAGCCGUGGAGUGGGUGCGUGACAACAUCGCCAGCGUUGGCGGCGACCCAUCCCGCAUCACGCUCUGGGGCCACAGCGCCGGCGGGUAUUCCGUCGACGCCUACCCCUUCGCAUGGCAGUCGGACCCCAUCGUGAUCGGCGUGAUCGCAAACUCCGCAAAUGCUGUGGGACUGGGCCAGUCUGCGACGGACAGUAGCAACCACACUGUCUUUUCCACGGCCGCUAGUCGUCUGGGGUGCGGCAACACGUCGUCGCCCGCUGAGGAGCUCGCCUGCAUGCGAGCCGUGCCAUCCGCUGAUCUCAAGGCGUUCAUCCAAGACGGAGGCGCCUUGGCCGACGGUCUCGCUUUCUUCCCGGUGGUGGACAACGUCACUGUAUUCAGCAACUACACCGACCUCCUCAUCAGUGGCCGGCACGCGCAUAUUCCCCUGCUCACCGGAACCCUCACGGACGAGGGCAGCGCAGUCGUGCCCGCCGACUUCGAAGGUAGCGAGACGGCCACGGAGCUCCCGCCUGCUCUAGCCCCAGCGGCACAAGGGUACAAGCUCACGACCCAGUGUACGACAUUGCAGGAAGUGAGAGCCCGCGCCGAGUCGAAUCUGACGACAUACCAGUAUUACUACGCAGGGAACUUUAGCAAUAUAUCGCCGCGGCCCUGGCUGGGCGCAUACCAUAGUUCCGAGCUGCCUCUGAUAUUCGGCACGUAUGAUCUGCGCGGCACCGGGUCAGAAUUGGAGCACAGCACAAGUUUAACGAUGCAGGACCGGUUUUCGGCAUUUGUAAAGGAUCCGGUUAACGGGCUGAAGAACGGAGGUUGGCUUCCUUCCACUGGGUCUGCUGGGUCGCCCAUGAUGGAGUGGGCAGCGGAUGGUAUCGUCGAGCAGUCUACCGAUAUCGAUGGGCUCCGGGAGGAAUGUGUGAGUAAUGGAUAUACCGUCUAG